AUGGAUUCAUUGUUACUUAAAGGAUUCCGAGAACGAUUUCCUAAAGGUUCGACUCUGUUGGAAGCGGAUAUGGUUUACCUGGGAUCUAUAUGUGUCAAGAAUCUCUUCUUGGUAGAUGAUGGUAUUGCAGCCAUAGGGACUGAAGGUAUGACAGCCUGGACAACCAAAAAAUGUAUUGAGGUAUUAGAUGUUUCGUGGAAUAUGUUCCACAUGCCAAACACGCUUCCUCUGUUGGUACUUUUUUCGUCGCUUACUCAUCUUUACGCUACACACUCUGAUGCAAUUUCUGCCAGGAAGAGAAGCAUUUUGGCACUGAGUGAACAUAUCUUUUUCCUCCCAAGAAAUCUUCUGUAUAUAAACAUUGCUCACAAUAAAAUGUCCAAACCGUUGUUCAAUAUGACCAUAGGAGGACAUAACAGUCUUAAGGUGUUGAAUAUAAGCCAUUCAAACCGGCAUCCAAGAUGUUCUUAUGCAAUUAUCAAAAGUCUUGUCCAUUUGAAGGACUUCGACAUGUCUGGUGUCGACUGUUCAGAAAUAAAUCGUAAUAUGUUCUCGGAGUUUCCUAAUCUAUCGCGACUCACUGCAAGACAAUGUGAUCUCAAAAAAGUCAUCGCUUUUAACAUCCCCUCAAUAUUCAAAGGGCUUCAUAAUCUUUCUUUCGUCGAUAUAUCCUCAAAUGAUCUUGAUAGUCUAAACAUACGCUUAUUUGCUGAUCAGAAAGAAUCUCUCAACUCUUUAACUCUUUCUAGAAAUUAUUUUGAUCGAAUUCCUACGCAGUUGCUUACGAAGUUAACAGUUCUGGAAAGACUUGAUAUGAGUAAUAACCUCAUAUCGACUUUAAAGGAACCCGAAUAUGCUUUAUUGGAAGAUUUGAACACCAAAUCAGGAAAAAUGCAAAUCGUUCUAUUUGGGAAUCCAUUAGUAUGUAGCUGUGAUAAUUUGGACUUCCUCUCGUGGCUAGAAACAACACAGGCUGUAUACAAAAAGCACGAUCUGAUGUGUUCAACUCCAGAGGGCAACCAAAUGAAGAUCGGAGAAUUCCUUGAUUCGUUUGGUCAGUUCAAGGAAGAUUGUGUUUCUCAAACAUGGCUUAUAAUUUCUAUUACUCUGACCGUGCUUUUCUUUGUGUUAGGUUUCCUUUCUCGAGCGGCUUUGCGACGCAGUGUGUGGUUACGAGUGGUGUGUCGUCAACCG